CAACGCGCAUGCGCAGACGCGCUGUCACGACCCGCUAGCUUUCCGUCAGCGCAGAGGCUAGGCUAAGCUAAUACCGCUAAUCAUGAAGGCUCUUCGAGGAAUGGUGAGCGGAGCCGUAAACGAGAUUACCUCGGCUGUCAGCGGACACAAACCCGCCGCCGCCCGGGAGCACGUCCUCGCAGUCAGUCGUGACUACAUCUCUCAACCGAGACUGACAUAUAAAACUGUAUCAGGCGUCAACGGCCCCCUGGUGAUCUUGGACCAAGUGAAGUUUCCCAGGUACGCCGAGAUCGUCCACUUGACCCUCCCCGAUGGCACGAAGCGCAGCGGCCAGGUGCUGGAGGUCACCGGCUCCAAAGCCGUCGUCCAGGUGUUCGAAGGAACGUCAGGCAUCGAUGCCAAGAAGACAAGCUGCGAAUUUACAGGGGACAUUUUACGCACGCCUGUGUCCGAGGAUAUGCUGGGCCGUGUGUUUAACGGAUCGGGAAAGCCGAUCGACCGAGGUCCGGCUGUCUUGGCCGAGGAUUACUUGGACAUCAUGGGCCAGCCCAUCAACCCGCAGUGCCGUAUCUACCCCGAGGAGAUGAUUCAGACUGGCAUCUCUGCCAUCGACGGCAUGAACAGCAUCGCCAGGGGGCAGAAAAUCCCCAUUUUCUCUGCAGCCGGUCUUCCACAUAACGAGAUCGCAGCACAGAUCUGUCGGCAGGCCGGCCUGGUCAAGAAGUCCAAAGACGUGAUGGACUACAAUGAGGAGAACUUUGCCAUUGUGUUUGCAGCCAUGGGGGUGAACAUGGAGACGGCUAGAUUUUUCAAGUCUGACUUUGAGGAGAACGGCUCCAUGGACAACGUGUGUCUGUUCCUGAAUCUGGCCAAUGAUCCUACGAUUGAACGCAUCAUCACUCCUCGCCUGGCGCUGACCGCCGCUGAGUUCCUGGCCUAUCAGUGUGAGAAACACGUCCUGGUCAUCCUGACAGACAUGAGCUCCUACGCUGAAGCUCUGAGAGAGGUGUCUGCCGCGAGAGAGGAAGUGCCCGGACGCCGUGGUUUCCCUGGUUACAUGUACACUGAUCUGGCAACAAUCUACGAGCGGGCGGGGCGAGUGGAGGGACGUAACGGCUCCAUCACUCAGAUCCCCAUCCUCACCAUGCCUAAUGACGACAUCACGCAUCCCAUUCCUGAUUUGACCGGCUACAUCACAGAGGGUCAGAUCUACGUGGACCGACAGCUUCACAACAGACAGAUUUAUCCUCCGAUCAACGUGCUGCCGUCUCUGUCUCGACUCAUGAAGUCGGCCAUCGGAGAGGGAAUGACGCGCAAGGACCACUCGGACGUCUCCAACCAGCUGUACGCGUGUUACGCCAUCGGGAAAGACGUCCAGGCCAUGAAGGCUGUAGUGGGAGAAGAAGCUCUAACGGCUGAUGAUCUGCUCUACCUGGAGUUUCUGCAGAAGUUUGAGAAGAAUUUCAUCUCUCAAGGCGCUUAUGAAAACCGCACCGUGUACGAAACUCUGGACAUCGGCUGGCAGCUGAUGCGAAUUUUCCCCAAGGAGAUGCUGAAGAGGAUCCCUCAGAGCACGCUGGCUGAGUUUUACCCCCGAGAGUCCAAACACUGAGCCACUGAUCCGUUCUGCUGUACGCUCUUUAUUUCUCUUCUCCUGUGUAUCUCUGCCCCUUAAAUAUAACACCCUGGAUGUGAUCAGCCUUCAGCUGCGUCCUUAUACACUCCUCUCACUGUAGCGUUGUAGUUCUCUGCUUCUGCUCUCUGUACAUGAUCUAAAUGUGGCCAGACCGUGAUGUAUAUAUGUUGUGAAUAUUGUCGCAGUGAAGUGAGUGUGCAAAAAAAAAAGAUAUUGUGAGCGUAUAAAUUCUUAUUAGAUUAUUAGCCAAACGUUUAGUCCUGGUGCCACCACAAGAGCACUGAAAUUAUCAUUACAAAAUAAAAAUCUAUAGCUGUGUGUGUUUGACGGGCGGAAGUGAAACAUAAUACGAGUCUGUUCCAAAUUAAAGGAAUGAGAAAAAAUGUACGAAAAAUUUACGAAAAGCUUUAUUUUACACCAAAUGUAGUCGAUCGGAUGAAGGCCUCAGCGUUCUUCACACCAGCUUCCACGGACAAUAUGACGUAUUAUAUUACGACGCAGACAGACAGCGGACAAACGCGCUGUGAUUGGUCGUACAAAUAAGGCAUGCACAAACUUCUUAUUUAUAAGCAUCAUGUAAGCAUGCUAAACUCAUUAUCCUCAACCAGUGAUGUAUUUAUAAGCAGUUCUUCUUCAUGCUCUGUGUCGCUACAGCAGCAGUCUUAUUCCUUAUUCGUGGAAAACACAGCGCCACCUGCAGUACUGGAGAACUCGUACGCGACGGCCAAUACAAAACCGGAAUGAGUAUGUGAGAUUGUACGUGGUUUCGUUUUCAAGAAGCCUCGCAGACGUCGUGUCCACAUGAAGCAUGCUGAGACCUUAAGACAUGUUUGGUGUCUGACGUUUCUGUCUCUUUAGAUUUGCACUAGAGCUGUGUGAGCCUUAGGAGUGGGCGAUAUGACAAAAAAAAUCAUCUCACGAUUCUGUUUUACAAAACAUCACGAUAUACAGGUUAUAAAACAUUUAUAAUAAAAAUCUGUAAAAAUUUGAACAUUUUGCAGUUUUUAAGAUGCAAAAGUCAAAUCAGCAGCUUCCAGUCAUUUUGCAAUUCAUUUCAUUUAAACAACAACAAAAAAAACAAGAGUAUCAUGAUAUUCACAAUAUUUCAGAAAAGCGCAUUGUGACAUCAUUUAUCACAAUGUCGAUAUUGUGUCAUCAUAUGACACAAGACUAAUGGACAUCUCUCUCGUUCAAAUCUUACCUGUAGAUACGGACUGACAUCUUUCAUACUACGUGACGACGUUCUGUUCUGCUGUGUCUAAAUGCUAAUAUCUAUCAACAUCUCAAUGAUUACAAAGACACAUCGGCAGCUGCAUGCGUCAUUUCUAAAUAUAUUUUUACGUGUUUCAAGUUUGCAUCCUCCUAAUACCAAACAAAAAACACUUUAACCAACAAACAAAAAAAAAACUCUAAAGUUACGGUUUUGUCAUCUGUCGUUUUGUACGACAAAGUUUGUACUUUUGAUUGGACAGUGUGUGCUUGGUCUGAUCUACUGCUCUGGUGUGAAACUAAAGAAACAAACGUAUUUCGGCUGAUUGAUUAUAUUUGAGAUAAAUAGAAAAUUGUAAACAAUUUUUUUUUAAGGAAUACUCCUUUAAUGCUACACAUAGCAUUAUAUCUUAACAUAAGCUACUAUCUUGCUGUUUCUUUAUACUUAUAAACUAUAUUCUGUAAAAGCCACAUGUUCAGUAGUAGUGCAGAUGGUGGUACCUUUUUUAAAAAUGUUCACCAAGCAAUAUUAUUUACAAAAUUUUUUUGUUUGUUUUAUUUUAGCCCAUUUACAAAGCUAAAUCUCUGGCAUUUAAAAAAAAGUAUUUAUUUUUCUGCCUUAUGUAUUUGAUUAGUUGGAUGUCGUUUGCUAUUUUUAUUUUAUUUAUUAUGUUGACCUUUUUUUUUUAUUAUCAUGAUUAUUUAUUCAUGCCCCGGAGGCCGUGUGUUUAGUGUGUUGUUCCUUGUUCGAUCGAUAUGCCGCAGUAAAGUGUGUAUCACCUCACGUGAGUUUCACAUGGAAGGAUGUUUUGUCUGAAUGCAUGGAAAUGAUGUGAUUGUGAAACCUCUGUAUCUCAUUCAGUCUGUGGAAUAAAAUCCGAUCAUGUGCCAUCGA